GAAAAAAGAAGAUAAAGCUCAUUUUGCACGAGUUCAUGUCCGUGAGGAUCAGAAUCCCCAGAUCCAUUUUGGAGCAGCGCAGGCGUUCUGGAAUCCGUUCGUUGUCGAGCUCGUUUCGCUUCGCCAGCAAACAAUACAGACAGCUGACGACGAGAAGGGAGGCGACCGUUUCCAUUGACAGGGCUCUCUUCCGUCUAUUUGCUCUCAGAUGGCGACAAACUUCGAACGGUGGGAGAAGGAUCCCUUUUUCGCCGCCGCGGAGGAAGUCCAGAAUUCCGCCGAUCGGUUGGAAUCCGUCUACAGACAGUUCGUCCACGAGCGGGAGAACGCUUCGAAGUCCUCUGGUGGAGUCCAGUUCUCUUCCGGCGAGCUUAAAAGGGAGCUUCACACAGUUCUUGGGACCGCGAAAUGGCAGCUAGAAGAGCUUGAAAAUGCUGUGAAGUUAAAUGAUGAGGCUUUGUCAGCUGGAGAAGAUGCGAGAGCUCGGCAUGGUGAAUUUGUAUCGGCUAUUGGAAAUAAGAUCUUGGCAGUGGAGGAUUUUGUCAGGGGAACAAAUCAGGAAACUGGCAAGAGUGCCCUUACAUGGGUUCAGUUGGAUGAACGUGAACGGGAUGAACUUGCUAAGUUCUUAUCUAGUCCCUCUUCGAAGGAAAGGAAAGAAAACAUCUCAUUGGCUAAUAAUGGGAGUGACUGGAAUGAUUUUUCCACAAAGAAUAUAGAGGCUUUGAUUAACCGUUCCAAGAAUUCUUUUUACUCAAAUGAGUUGGAGAAUGGCCAAGUAUAUGCAUAUCCUAGAUCAGCUAGCUGUGCUGGUGAUCUUGGAGCGUGCAAAAUAACAAUCCGUAGUGAAGGUGAAGAUACUUCUGAGAAAUCAUCAGAUGAUCGGCCUAACCUCCCAACUCCACGAGUACUCAGCUUUUCUGCAUUGUCCAACGCACUUGAUUCAAGAUCUAAUAUGCGAUGGUGCAAAUAUGAAUUUGCUAAGUGGAGUGCUCCGAACCAACAUAAUCUGAUAGAAUCGGCUCCCUUGGGAAAUCAUGAACCACAUCAAAUAUACAAUCCAUAUUAUGAAAGAAGUAAGAGCAACCUUAGUCGAUACGCACGAGUAACAUAUAAUAAUCAUCUUUAUCGAUAUCUUGGAGCUUUUCAAAGGCUAUUACUUAGGUUACAAUAUCAAGUUCAAUAUGGUUACCGUAUCAAGUUCAUUCUUUGGGUGACUUUUGUUAUUUCAUUGAUUGUCAUAUUUGCCCUAUAUGCCAACAAGUGAAAUUUACCAACUCCUUUGGCUCAUGGAAGCAAUUAAUCAGCUUAGGAAUUAGCGCAAGCUAGUGACUUCUAUAAGUAUUCAAUGAAGAAUUUCUUCCAAUGCAAUUUGUAAUCGUUUUAUUCAAGCAUUUUCAAGGAAAUAAUCUGUAAGACAGUAGCUGAGCUCGAUGGAGCAACGCGGCUUCCAUCACUUGAGAAAAGUUGAUAGUGUCUUCUCCAAAUUAAAUACUCAGCCUCGCGAAAUGGACUGUUGUGGUUGUUGGUUUGAGUGACAUGGCAUCAGUAAGUGGCUCUUAGUCAUGUCUAUUAAUUUUUAGACAAUCAAAAGGACUUGUAUAAUUCUGACAACUAAACUUUGAAACUAUUAGGAACUUGAUGUUUGACACCUUACUAUGGCCCAUGAAAUAUGCCUAAGAUGAUUUAUUUUGA